AUGGAUCAGAGUAAAGUUCCACAACUAAUCGAAGAAGUGCACCGUAGACCUGCAAUUUGGAACAAAUCCCUAACCGAAAAUCGGUUCAAGGCUUUCAUCGGGACUGAAUGGGAUAAGGUUGCAGCCAAUAUCCGUGUAUCCAAAAUACAGGCACAAAGCAAGUGGAAAUCUCUGGUGAAGAAAUUUAAGAGUGAAAAUGCUCGUGUUCAGCUUCGUCGAUCAGGUGACGGUUUAGAGGACACCUACAAAUCAACUUGGCCCUAUUACGAGUCGCUGACAUUCCUAGGCAGCUCAGUUCUCCCCAAUUUCUCAAGUGGAAAUUUGGAAAUCGGUGGUGACGUCAAGCCGGAGCUGAACGACGUCGUGACUGAGGAAUCAUCCUGUAACGAAGUUGUUCAGAAAAUGUCAAAAAAACACUGCGACAUUGCUGAGGAGAUUCUACGUAUGCAUAACGAAAAAUUCGCAUUGUUGGAAAAAUCUGUGACCAGCAAUGUACGUGGGACCAGUUCACUGGAAGAUGACAAACACAACAUGGCAUUUUUUGAAACCCUUCUGCCGACAUUGCGGGAAUCCCCAAAGAGGAUAUUUUGCUCUGCCGGAAUGACGUUUCCCAGCUCCUGUUCACCUCGCUCAGCCGUCAAACACAAUGCUUUUGUUAAGAAGGAGAAGAAGUAUGAGCCCACAGCGAAAGAACGUGAAAUGGAGCAUCGGAAUAGCGAAAUGAUUCGACUUGGGUAUGACAGGUUUUCAUAUCCUCCUCAACCUCUCUGGAAGUGGGAUCAUAUGUACCAGCAGCAAUUUCCUCGAUACCCUACACCACGUCAUCUUCAUUCGAUGGAGAAUCAGGAGUGGUUCGGUGAAGAUAGGACUCCAAGACCAAUGCCUCAAUCUGCUGCAGACCCUGCUAGGUUCACAAACCCACCUCUACCAAUCCAGCCUCUUUCUGCAUCUGAGCCAGUCGCGAAGCAAAGGCUGGUAUGUGAGGAGCAUUCUCUCAUUUCGACUGCAACCAUGACGCAGCUUGAAGUAAACAAGGAGAAUCAGAAUAUGGGAUCUGAGAGUGGCCGAGAUCCUGCAGUGGAUUAAACUUUGGCUUUUUGGGAGUUUUCUUGGGAGAUUGGUGAUGUUUUACGGUAUAUUUAAUUUUCAGAAUGUUACCUCAUUUCCACGGUUUGGAAUAAUUAUAUUUUGAUAAGAAAAAAUAAUACUUGCUGAGUUUUGA